UAUACGGAGUAUCACGCAGCAGAUAGCUAGAUUACAGUGAUCAGAUCAUCGUACGAUCAACUUCCCUCCAGUGAAACUUACCUGCAUUUUCGUCGAUCCAAGGUGAUCAAUAACAAAGAUACCUGUGGUUGAGCAUGUAAAUAAAAAGAGAUUUAUAAAAAUGAAUGAUCAAGAAUCAGAUUCUGGAUUCCUCAGUGUUUUUGAUGUAGACAAGUUCUUCUAUUAUUCCUAUGGAGAAAGUGGUCAGCAUGAAGCUGGAAUUGGUCCACAACAGCAUGCUGAUGAUGACACAGUUUAUUAUAACAACACCAAUCCAGUUGAGGAAAUUGCUCAUGCGUUUCAAAACCAGCUCUCAAUUACAGGAGAAUCUAGAGCUUACUAUAUCGAAGGAUGUUAUCAUGGCCAGCAAUUCCCCAGUGAUGAUGGUGUCUAGUUAUGGAAAUAAUAACGAAGUUCCAGAAGAGUCUAUUUGCUUUGGACCAUCUUCCUCUAGCCACCCUGCUAAAGACAGACGUUCAAGUGGUGAAGAACCCAAUCAGGCAUCGGGAAUAAAAUAUGAAUCAUAGUUUGAUGAUGAUAACGCCAGGCAGCUCAAUGAAGUUGAUGUUGUUCCACUCGUUCCUAGAAUAAAUACACAUAUACCUUCGGACGAUGAAGCCACGUCUCAUAAAGAAAGGCUUCUAAAUAGAUCAGUUUUAUCGGAUGCCCGAACAUCACAGUUUUGUGAGACAACAAGUUGUUAAUCAGAGAUGUGUGUGGCGUAUGUACCAAUGGCGUAUGGCGAUUAUCUGAAGAGGGUGAUGGAGUAUGGAGAGUGGGGUGAUCAUGUAACAUUACAAGUUGCUGGUGACUUGUAUGGUGUGAAGAUUGUUUUCAUAACAUCAUACAAGGAGACAUGUUUCAUCGAGAUCCUUCCGAGGACACAAAAGUCAAAUAGAGUCAUAUAUUUGAGUUUUUGGGCGGAGGUGCACUAUAAUUCUAUUUAUCCUCAUGAAGGAGGUAUCGACCACUCGGAUAAAGGGAUUCAUACUUCUGAGGAUGUCCACUCUAACUGCUCUCCUGCAGAAUCUCUGGUUGCGGUUUGCCGAUUAAAUGAGAUUUUUUCUAUUCCACAAAAUGUGCCAGCCUCAACCUGCUCCAUGUUUUCUUAUGACACACCAGGAGGGGCACAAUGUAUGGUUGGCAGAAGUGAACGUUCUUGAGCAUGAAACCUUGUUUGGGUGAUGUGCAUGGGUUGAUAAGAGACUUCGAAUCAUCAAUUUUUUUGUUACAUCACCAACGGAGUGCAAAGCUUUCAGACUUCGGGUUAGCUAUACUUGGCCCGAUCCGCCUUCAACAGGGAAAACCUCAUGUCUCAAAUCUCAAUUGCUAGAAGACUCUCAAAACACAUAUAAUUGAACUUUUGUACUUGAGUUUUACCGGGGAAAUGCAUUUUAUUAUUGUAACGAUCCAAAUCCUAAUGAUAUUAAUAUAAGCAGUUUUCCUUUUAAAAAACUAGGUAGAAACAUAGUCAUUUAAGUAAUUUUAUUUUUAUUUAAACUAAAAUUUUAAAGUACAUGAAGUCAUUAACACAUAAAUGUCUUCUAUUGGAGCACGAUUCUAAAGUUUUUUUCUUUAAAUUUUAAUUUUUUUUUACUCCAGGGGGGUUCUGGGGGAGGGGGCCGGGGGGGACCUGGAGUGAUCAGGGCUGAAACUCUUUCCAUUGAGUUUCUAACCCUUGUGUGCCUAGCGGGAUUCGAACUCGAAACCUCCCACUAGGCACGGUAACCUCACAACCAGAUGGGCUGGAAUGCUUGGUUAGCACGAUUCUAAAGUAUGCACAUCCUUAUUACCAAAUCAUUUUGACAAUGAUUUUGUAGCUGGACCAGCCAUGGAACCAGUGUAGUAAUUUUCCAAUAGUUCAACCAGGAGUCAAAAUGGGUGUAUUGAAAAUCUAAAUGCGUGCACUAUCAUGGUUAAUGCUGCAUCAUGUUGAUGACUGCAAGCUGAAAUUUUCGGAGGUGUAGGAAAGACAGAUACUGGUUAUAACUUACUAUGUAUAACAUUUGAGAUAGAAGCAAAGCAGGCAGUUUAGGAAAAGCUUGGUAGGCCCAAUAAUAGCUAUGGCGAUUAUAUGGAGUACUAUUCAGUUCUCCCUUGAAUUAUUUUUCCUACUUUAAUUUCAUAUUGUUCUUAUUUUUAACUAAAUAAGGUAUGCAUUUAUUAAUUACUAUUAACAAAUUCAGGUACGGAGAGUAGGGUGAUCAUGUAACAUUACAGGCUGCUGCUGACUUGGUGACACUUUUUACUUGUUGGAUAGUAUGGUGUGAAGAUUGUUGUCAUAACAUCAUACAAGGAGACAUGUAUCAUCGAGAUCCUUCCGAGGACACAAAAGUCAUAUAAAGGGAGGGGCACAAUGUAUGGUUGGCAAAACUAAAUGUUGUUGAGCAUGAAACCGUGUUUGGCUGCUGUGCAGAGGUUGAUAAGAGACUUCGAAUCAUCAAUUUUUUUGUUACAUCACCAACGGAGUGCAAAGCUUUCAGACUUCGGGUUAGCUAUACUUGGCCCGCUCCGCCUUCAAGAUGGAACAACUCAUGUCUCAAAUCUCAAUUGCUAGAAGACUCUGAAAACACAUAUAAUUGAACUUUUGUACUUCAAUUUUACAUGGGAAAUGCAUUUUAUUUUUGUAACGAUACAAAUCCUAAUGAUAUUAAUAUAAGCCGUUUUCCUUUCAAAAGAAAUAGACAGGAG